CAGCAUCAAUCAUCUUUACAUACGUUUUGAAGAAACCGAAAGAGAAUUAAUUGUUUUGGGGAAAUCACCAUCGAAUUCAAAUAUCUCCGAUCAAAUUCGUCGUCGGCGCUAUUAUCUGUGAAGAACACAAAAAACAAUGACGAAAGUGUCUCCCUUUGGCAGUUGUAAUUACUGUCGUUAAAUGUCGAGUAGCUCGGGAAGUUUCUCCGGAAGGAGUAGUAGCAGCUCGGCGUGUAGUAGUUCCAGAGGUGAUAGUGAAAUCUCCUUUGACGCUGCUGAUGAGCUUCUCCAGUUUGGUUCCAGACGCAUGGAGCUAAGGAAAGAAAAGGACUUGCUGAGAAAAUCGAAACCUCAUAGUAUUGAACUAGUCAGAAGAUUGGAACUCCACUCAAAGUCAUUAUCUGAAUCCCGCCUAGAAGACACGGCUAGGAUUCAGACCAUGGAGAUAGAGUUGCUGAAUUGCUAUAAAGAGAUUGGUUACUUGCGAGAUCAACUGAUUUUUAAAAGCAAGGAAGUGAGUUACCUCAACGAACAUGUGCGCAAUCUUGAAUCCAAAUUGGCUGAAUCAGGGGACUUUGAAGAAGUUAAAUUCUUGAGAGAGGAGCUGUGUAUGUCUAAAUCCGAGCAUUUGUUGUUGUUGCAAGAACUCGAGAGCAAAGAGACAGAGCUACAGUGUUCGUCUCUUUCUGUGGAGAAACUGGAGGAGACCAUCUCGUCCUUAACGUUGGAGUCCUUGUGUGAGAUAGAAAGCAUGAAGCUUGAUAUAUCAGCUUUGGAGCAAGCACUCGUUGAUGCGAUGAGAAUCCAAGAGGAAAGCAUCCAAGAGAAAGAUCAGUUGAAAGGAGUAAUAGAAGAGGUUCAGUUUCAGUCUCGAGAGGCGCAAGAGAAGGCGAAUUCCUUUGAGAAGCAAAACGAAGAGCUGAGGAAGAGAAUCGCCGCUUCUGAAAAGAGUAUCAAAGAGCUUUUUGUAAGAACCAAAGAUCUGUUAGAAAGUGAAGACGAACAACAACCUCUAAAUGCAGAGUGCUUCUUCGCUGAGUUGAGCCAUGUGUUUCCAGUGUCCAGUGAAGUUCGAGAAUGUUUCGAUGCAAUCAUCAAGAAACUAGAACUUUCCCGGAAUACAACUUUGAUUGAUAAAAUGGAGGGUAUGGGGAAACAGAUACAGCUGCAGGAAGAUCUUGUGAAGCGGCUCAAGGAGGAACUGAAACAGGAGAAACUGAAGGCGAAGGAAGAAGCGGAAGACCUUACGCAAGAAAUGGCUGAACUAAGGUAUAAGAUGACAUGUUUGGUCGAUGAAGAACGCAAACGCCGUGUGUGCGUAGAGCAAGCGUCGUUACAGAGAAUCGCAGAACUGGAAGCACAGAUGAAGAGAGAGACGAACAAGCGCUCUUCCACAGAUAUGCUACCUCUUUCCGUGUUAUGAAAACACCAUGAGCUUUGAUGCAUAGCUUUACCUUUACACAAUUAACCCAUGUUCACAUCUCUGAGUCUCAUCCAUGGAUUUUCCGCUGAAAUAUGCUUGGAAGGUGAUGGUUCUUUCUUAAUUACAAAUGGAAUCGCAGGAUGGGCAGGAUCAGAGAGACUUGAAGUGGCUGGAGUGAGAUGAACAACCGAUGUGAGAGUCAAACCUUUGAUUAAAUAUCUCAGGAAGAAUAUAGCAUUAGAGAUUGAUUUACUCUCUUUUCUUUUAGCUUUUAGAAGAGUACAUAAUGUGCUUGGAACGUAGCAAUGAAAUGGGAGGAAUCUACUGUUUGGCUCAUGUUGCGAGUGUGUAUGUAUAUAUUCUUUCUUUGUUUUGACAGAGAAAACAAGUUCUUAUGAAACUCUUAUUGGUUCAUCUUUGCGA